AUGCCCCUCCUCCACGCGGGCUCCGCUCUGCUCGUGCUGCUCCUCAUCCUCCCGCAGGUGCAUGCAUUCGGAGCUGGCAACAUCGCAUCCAUCUCCGCUGUCGAAGGCAAGAACUGGCGCCAUGGAGACAUCGAAGAUAUUCUCAAGACCAUCGCAUGCAUCCACGGCCACAAAUGGACCUCAACCAUGAUCAAGCGCGUAUACUUCGGAAACUGGCUGCGGGAUUACUCGCAGGCAAUGGACGUCGGCACGCUCAAAAGUCUGCAGGCCGAGACUAUCCGCAUCUUGGUGUGGGUCCUUUCGUUCCUGAGCUUCGGGUAUGCGACUGGUGAAUUCGAAGUGACGUCUGAUCGCUUGGGCGUUUACCGUCCAGAGGAGCAUAUCGACAACCCCAAGGACUAUGCCGACAAUGAGGAUGCGCGCCAAUACGACAAACGCCUGCGCCCACCCGUUCGCAACAUUGAACUCGAAAUCGACCCUAACACCGGCAUGAAGAACUACAUCGCCAACGAACGAGGCGACUGGGCCACCAGCGCGGCAUACAUCAAGUUCAGCAUGAGCCGCAGCAUCCACUACGGGCGGACAUACAUCCAUGGCGGAUCGAACAAGGGCAACGAGGACGAUUUGUGUGAAGCGCUGCGGUGCAUGGGACAGGGCCUGCACACAUUGGAAGAUUUCGCUGCGCAUACCAACUAUAUCGAGCUGGCGUUGCGCGAAAUGGGCAUGCGCAAUGUCUUCCCGCAUACUGGCACGGCGACUGAGUGUAAUAUCCAUGGGAAACACGUGUUCCCGCUCGUCACGGGUACAUUUGGUAUGGUUGAUUUCUUCCAUUCUGUGCUUGGAGAGGCUACGGAUCACUUCACGCAGUCUGAGGUUAAUGAAAUGGAUAUUGCUCUGGGGGAUGCUGAGACCACUGCUCAGUCUAAUAACUCUCUAAAUGCUUUGACUGGAUUGCUCGGCAAGAUCCCUGGUACAAAGGAUCUUGUCUCCGAGGCUGAAAGUUUGAAGAGAUCAUCUGCCGCGCAGGAGUCCGCUAAUCGGAGCCGGAGUGCUGCCACUGGAUAUGCAGACACUACCCGUGCCCCAGGUGGUAAUCAGUCAUCUGGGGGCUCUGGCCCCGGCACAGGGUUUGAGGGCAUGCCAGACUUCAAUCCACAAGAGACAGUCGCGAAGAUCUAUCCCAUCCUGGCAUUCCGCGACAAGGUCGUCCGCAAGCUCAACUCGAUCAUCGAAAAGAUUCCCGGACUCGAGGCUCUUGUUGAGAAGAUCUCUGAGACUCUCACUGUCGUGAUCAUGUCACUGCUGGCGCCGUUCGUGCGUCCUCUGAUCAAAGCAGCUUCCAAGUCCCUGCAAACCGGAUCAGCGGGUGUCAUCGACGCCUCGGGCAAGCACCAGUACGAGCCUUGGACCGAUCCCCACUGCACUGAUCCGACCCACUCCCUGCUCUCAAAGGAUCAUUUCGCCAAUGUGCUCAACGAGCCCGCUGGUCAAGUCGCUUCUGCUAUCGUGCAGUAUGUCGCACCUCGUAUUCUCUAUGCUUGGCAGCACAUCGACGUGUCCGAGCACGAGGUUCUGGAGGAUUGCAUGCGUGUCUUCCACCAUCCUGCUCUGCGUGAUAUGCACAACGAAGCUCACCGGUCGAUGUUCCAGGUCGUCGAGACUUGGGCCCACUCUCGUCCGGACCGUGGUCAUUCUCUGAAUGAGAUUCUCAGCUCAGAGGGUGUCAGGUCGGGUCGUAAUACCGGCGGCGUCAGCCAUACCCACAGCGGUGGCCAUGGCGGAUUCCCAACACUCGGGGGCAAAAGCCCAACAAGCAUGGAAACGGUAACAGUCAUGCUCAAAGCCAUGGGCAAUCAUCGGCAGCAAUCAAGCAGCUCCUCUUCAAAUCACAACAACUCCUCCUCGUCCAGUCUGCCCUGGGACAAGCUCUCUUCCCUCCCAAUUCCCGGCAUGUCCAAUCUGAAUAAACUCGAAAGCAAAAUCUCAAACUUCAUUCCUGGCGGUUUGACUCGUGAUAUGGGUGAAGAUAACGGGCAGUCGCGCGGUGGGUAUGAGUAUGGAUCACCAACCCACGCAGUUGGUGAUUCGCGAGGGGGCAAUGUCCAACCAGAUCAUAACUUGCAACCCGGCUAUGAUCACGUCCAGCAUGGAUCGUCGCAUCAUGCAGAGCACGGCUCUAGUGGCCAUUCCCACCACCAUGAGCAUGGUGGUCAUCAUGGCGGUCACCAUAGCUCCCAUUCUGGGCAUGGCCAUGGCCAUAGCCACGGCCAUCACCACGAGCAUAGAUACUGA